ACACCUAGAAUCAAGUCAACCAAGCAUCUCGAGACACUCACCACAUCUCCGCCACUCUUCCCCUCGCUUGCACAAUGCCGCCAUUCACCACCGUCACCACCACCAAGGCGCCCAAGGCGCUGCCCCAGUUCUCCCAGGCUGUCAAGUACAAUGGCACUGUCUUUACGUCUGGCAACAUAGGCUUCAUCCCAGAGACCUUCACCAUGGUCGAAGGCGGCAUCAAGGAGCAGACGCGUCAAACGCUCAAGAACCUCAGCGCGGUCCUCGAGGAGGCCGGCAGCUCCUUUGACAAUGUAUACAAGGCCAACAUCUUCAUCACCAACAUGGAGAACUUUGCUGCGAUGAACGAGGCCUGGGACGAGUUCUUCACUGGCAGGGACAAGCCGUGCCGGACCUGUGUCGCCGUCUUCCAGCUCCCAAUGGGCGCCCUCGUCGAGAUUGAGUGUUCUGCUGCGCUGAACUAAAUGCGGGAACGUGGAAGGGGCUGGAGCUUCCUGGCACGCGAUUCUGCUCCGGUCAGGUGUAGUCCAUCUGAGUAGCUAAUAUGUGGCCAGCAACGGCACUGCGACGGCUGGGUAAACAUCAAUAGACUCGGAAUCUAAGCUCGGAUCGUUGCGACUUUCACCGUAUGGGGAAGUGCAUGAGAAUAGCAGGUUUGGCGUCGCUCAGUUUGUGCCCAAAACACAAACCAGACCGAAAGCAUAGGGAAAGGAAAUAAAGAACAAAAAUGAAUCUCAACAGAU